UCAUGCCGGAUUUAGGGGAUCGAGGAAAGUGCGCAGUCUGCUCAUUUAAAGUCAACGGUGCAACAUAGAGCAUUGUCCGACACCAAACACCAAACACUGGUGGAUACGGAUUGGACACGGAGCACAAACAUGCACAUAUUGGCCGUGGAAUAAGUGUGUUUGUUGUUGCCCUGCAGUACCCACUCCAUUUAAUUAAAUGUGAUGACUCCCGCUGCAGCAGGGAAACAGCCAAAGAUGCAUAUUUGGUUCCAGUGGGCGUGUUUUCAUUCAGAUAACGGGACUGGCUGAGGAGGAACACGACGCGCUGGUAGCAACUUCACCAGAGCCUGCGUGGGACCUGGACCAGUAAAUCCACAGAAGUAAAAAAAAAAAAAAAAGACUCGGAUUUUAAUAGAAGAUGGAUUUAGGGCGGACGUGCUGCGAUUAGAACAACCACUGUGGUAUGAGUAACUCUAAAGACUAAUCUGCAACUAUUCUGAUCCGAAGUCAGUGUUAUUCAGUUGAAUCUAAAUAUAUCAAAAAUGCAAAGCGACAAACCGGAGCCGACUGAACCCAAAGCCGCAGAGAAUCCGAGCCCAAGCGACACGGAGAAAAAACCCCAGAGUCAUGCUGAAGCAGAAGCCCCCAAACCCAAAGGGAUCAGCGCCGUCGCAGUUCUCUGGACAUUCGGGAAAUGUCUGAGCGCACUGCUGCCCGUCUACCUGGCAGGGUACUACCGGGUCAGUACCAGUCUGCUGGUGUUCGGGAUGAUGGUCUACACAGGAUGGAAACACGCCCGAGAAGCCAAAGAGGCGCGUCUGAGGUCAGCCAUACAACUGAUGGACGACGAGCAGGGGUUCACAUCCAGCAAAGUGUCCAAAAUCAAGAGAGAGCUUCCAGCAUGGGUAAACUUUCCUGAUGUCGAGAAGGUUGAGUGGCUAAAUAAGGUGCUGCAGCAGGUGUGGCCUUUUGUUGGACAGUACAUUGAGAAGCUUCUUGUUGAAACCAUUGCUCCUUCUAUCCGAUCUUCAAGUACACACCUCCAGACCCUCAGCUUCACAAAGGUGGACAUGGGAAAUAAGGCUAUGAAGGUUGUAGGGAUCAAGGCACACACAGAGAAUGACAAGGGACAAGUCCUGCUAGAUCUGUAUAUCAGUUAUGUUGGCAAUGUAGAGAUUGAUGUUGAGGUGAAGAGAUACUUCUGCAAAGCUGGAGUCAAUGGAAUACAGCUACAUGGGAUGAUGCGGGUGAUUCUAGAGCCUCUGAUUGGAGAUGUUCCUAUUGUGGGUGCAGUCACCAUGUUUUUCAUCCAAAGGCCUAGACUGGACAUUAACUGGACUGGACUGACUAAUUUGUUGGAUGUUCCUGGACUGAAUGUCAUGUCAGACAGCAUGAUUAUGGAUGCCAUUGCCUCCUUCUUGGUGUUGCCCAAUCGCCUGGUUGUCCCCUUGGUUCCAGGCCUGCAUUUGGCCCAGCUGCGCUCUCCUUUGCCCAGGGGCGUGGUACGCAUCCACCUGCUGGAGGCACAGAAACUUGCAGCUAAGGACAGCUACGUAAAGGGGGUUAUGGCUGGUUUGUCAGACCCUUAUGCCAUUUUGAGAGUAGGUCCUCAGACCUUCACCUCUCAACAUGUUGACAACACAGACUCUCCCAAAUGGGGAGAAAUGUAUGAGGUCAUAGUCCAUGAGGUUCCUGGUCAGGAGUUGGAUGUGGAGGUAUAUGACAAAGACCCAGAUCAAGAUGAUUUCCUGGGCAGGACCAAAUUGGACUUGGGCAUUGUAAAGAAAUCCAUAGUUGUCGAUGAUUGGUUCACACUCAAAGACACUCCAUCCGGACGAGUUCAUUUCAGGCUGGAGUGGUUAUCCUUACUGCCUUCCACCGAACGCCUGGAGCAGGUCAUAGAAAGGAACCAGAGUGUGACUUGUAAGACUGCAGAUCCCCCCUCCUCAGCCAUCUUGGUUGUAUAUCUGGACAAGGCUGAAGCACUUCCUAUGAAGAAAGGAAAAAAAGAGCCCAAUCCCAUGGUGCAGUUGUCUGUGCAGGAUAUAACCAGAGAGAGCAAGACCUGUUACACAACUGUUAAUCCAGAGUGGGAAGAAGCUUUUACCUUUUUUAUCAAUGAUCCUCGCAAACAGGACAUAGACAUUCAGGUGAAGGAUGCUGACCGUGUGCAGACACUGGGCAGUCUGACCAUCCCCCUGUCCCGUCUGCUGUCCAGUUCUAAUCUCUGUCUGGACCAGUGGUUCCAGUUGGACAAUUCUGGAUCUGCUAGUCGUAUCUAUAUCAAUACAGUUCUCAGGGUCCUGUGGUUAGAUGAGGAACGUAUUUCAUCUGACCUGUCAUCUAAUCUGGGGGCGGAAUCAUCCAAACAGCUGCCCCAGCAGACCUCUCCUCAUCCAAGCUUUGCCACUGAGGGACUACUCAGAAUUCACCUGUUGGAAGGACAGAACCUUGUUCCUAAAGAUAACCUGAUGGGGGGCAUGGUUAAAGGCAAAAGUGACCCCUAUGUCAAAAUCAACAUUGGAGGUGAAACAUUCACCAGUCAGGUUAUCAAGACUAACCUUAACCCUACAUGGAAUGAGAUGUAUGAGGUGAUUCUAACCCAGCUGCCUGGUCAGGAGCUGCAAGUGGAAGUGUUUGAUAAAGACAUGGACAUGAAGGAUGAUUUCAUGGGCAGGCUGAAGAUCAAUCUAAAGGACAUCAUCGAUUCUCAGUACACUGAUCAGUGGUAUACUCUGAAUGAUGUGAAGUCUGGUCGAGUUCAUCUGGUACUGGACUGGGUUCCAACAGCUUCAGAGUCAGACAGAUUGGACUCUGUUCUUCAGUUCCUCUCCAGACAGUCAUAUCAGAACAAAGUAGUUCCCUCAACAGGCCUACUCUUUGUCUAUAUUGAACAAGCAAAUGGCUUACCAUUAAAGAAGAGUGGAAAAGAGCCAAAAGUGGGUGCAGAAAUUACACUUGGAAAAAUGUCCCGCAAAACAACAGUGUGUGAUCGUACUACAUCUCCUCACUGGAAUGAGGCAUUCUGCUUCAUGGUUCAUGACCCCAGAGAAGAAAUUCUUGUGGUUAAGCUCUCCCAUAGCUGGACCUUGCCUAUUGGUUCUCUGGUGGUUCCAGUCAGAGAGCUGCUCUCAGAACCAGAGCUGGUCCUGGAUCAGUGGUUCCACCUGGACGGAGCUUCACCUGAGAGUCAGGUUCUUCUGAGAGCUGAACUCAAGAUGCUGAUUCCCAGUAAAUGUCCCGGGGCCACAGAGACAGUAAAGAUCACACCAGUCCCUGAUCCCUCACCUGCUCAACCAAAACAUGAGUCGGACCCAGUGCUGAAGUCUAGUUCAGUGGACGCUCCUCCUGUUGAGACCAUUGUGUCUUCAGCAACUUUGCAAGAAAAUGCUGUUGAUGUACCAGAAAUAACAGCUGAUGUGACUGAAGAGGAGGAACAGCCACCGAGCCCUGCUGUUGUACAACCUCCUCAUACAUCUCCAGACCUCAGCUUUGCUAGUGAGGGGCUGCUCAGAAUAGUCCUGUUGGAGGCUCAGAGUCUGGUUGCCAAAGAUAACAUGAUGGGUGGAAUGGUUAAGGGUAAGAGUGACCCUUAUGCCAAGAUCAGUGUUGGUGAUUCUGUAUUUAAGAGUAACGUGAUCAAGGAGAAUCUCAACCCAGUCUGGAAUGAAAUGUAUGAGGUGGUGCUAAGGCCACAGUCAGGACAGGAAGUACAUGUAGAGUUGUACGACAAGGACAUGGACAAAGACGACUUCCUGGGCAGAUCUAAGAUCAGUGUGUCAGACAUUAUCAGUUCCCAGUACACAGACGAGUGGUACACCCUGAGUGAUGUGAAGUCUGGUCGUAUCCGCCUCAUACUGGAGUGGGUUCCAGCGGUUUCCCAUAAUGAUACCCUGGAUCAAGUAAUGCAGCUGCAGUCUCUCCAGUCUUUCCAGAAUAAGGCUGUUCCCUCUGCUGCACUGCUCUUUGUUUAUGUUGACAGAGCACACUCAUUGCCUUUUAAGAAAAGUGGAAAGGAGCCCAAAGCUGGGGCUGAGCUUGUGUUUGGGAACACAACCUACAGAACCAAGGUGUGCGAUCGCUCCAGAUCACCAGAGUGGAACGAAGCAUUCUACUUCCUGGUUCAGGACCCAGCAAAAGAGAUGCUGAUAGUAAAACUGUCCAGUGCGUGGGACCAACCAAUGGGUUCUGUUGUUGUUCCUGUGAGAGAGCUGCUAUCUGAACCACAGCUGGUCCUGGACCGAUGGCUGAAUCUGGACGGAGGAUUACCCGAGAGUGAGAUUUUACUACGAGCUGAACUCAAGAUCUUGAACUCCAGGAUGUCUGAAGUUCCACAGCUGUCUGUAUUUGCUUCAAAGAAAGAAGAGAUGGUACUUCCUACUGAAGAGACAUUCAAAGCAGUGAGUGAAGAGGAAAAGCAUACAGAGCUGCCAGCUGAUGAGCCUGUUGAGGACUCUAUCCAAUCCAAACAGCCAGACGCAGCAGAGACAGAGGCUGCUCCUGCUGAACCAGUUGCCAGUCACACUGUGCCCAGUGACUUUCCUGCUGCAACACUGGCGGAUGAACUAGCAGACCCAGAGGAGCUUCUCGCACAGUCAAAUGUAGCCAUUACAGAGGACUUUAAACCACAGCAAACAGAAGGUACUGGUGUAGACAGACUUGUGCAGGGCACAGUGACUGGUCUUCCUGCUGAAACUCCGGAGCCUGAACCUCCUGUUGUUCUGCCUUCAUGCUCCACUCCCAGCCAGGACUUUGGUACAGAGGGCCUGCUGAGGAUUCAUUUGUUGGAGGCUCAGAGUCUGGUUGCCAAGGACAACCUGAUGGGGGGCAUGGUGAAGGGCAAGAGUGACCCCUAUGUGAAAAUUCACAUAGGAGGACAAACAUUCAAGAGUCACGUGAUUGAAAAAAAUCUCAACCCGACAUGGAAUGAAAUGUAUGAGGUGGUUUUAAAUGCAGGAGAUCAGGAGAUCAAGUUUGAGGCAUAUGAUAAGGAUUUUGAUUCGGAUGACUUCCUGGGCAGAUUCAGUAUCAAUCUAAAAGAGAUCAUCAGAUCCCAGUACACAGAUCAGUGGUACACUCUCAAAGAUGUGAAGUCUGGUCGUGUUCACUUGAUACUAGAAUGGGUUCCAACAGUGUCAAAUUCAGCCCAGCUUGAACAGGUCCUGCAGCUUCAGUCUCUGCAGUCAUAUCAGAACAAAGCUGUCCCCUCUGCUGCUCUGCUCUUUGUCCAUAUAGAGAGAGCACAUUCAUUACCUUUAAAGAAGAGUGGAAAGGAACCCAAAGCAGGGGCUGAGCUGGUCCUGGGUGAAACCACCUACAGAACCCAAAUGUGUGACCGCAGUACCAGUCCUGAAUGGAAUGAGUCUUUCUACUUCCUGGUCCGUGACCCCAAACAUCAGAUGCUUGUAGUGAAGUUGUCCAGUGGCUGGGAUCAGCCAAUGGGCUCCCUAGUGGUUCCUGUUAGGACAUUGCUGUCAGAGCCACAGCUGGUCCUGGAUCAGUGGCUGCAUCUGGACGGAGCUUUACCCGAGAGUCAAAUUCUCCUGAGGGCUGAACUCAAGAUACUGGAUUCCAAGAUGGUGGAUAUGAUCAGUGCAGGGACACUGCCCUGUACUGCCUCUGGUGGUGGAUCUGGAAAUGGGCAGGUGAAGUUGUCCAUUAGUUAUUCAUCGGAGAAGCUCAUCGUCAUUGUCCAUGCCUGCAGGGAUUUGUUGUCUCAGAGUAAGGAUGGUGUAGACAGUUAUGUGUCCCUCAUGCUGCUGCCAGACAAAAGCAAAUCCACCAAGAGGAAGACUGCUGUGAAGAAGAAAGUUCUCAACCCAGAAUACAAUGAGAGGUUUGAAUAUGACGUGCCUGUGGAGGAGACGAGACUCAGACGCCUCAGUGUAUCGGUGAAGAAUAACUCUGCUUCAUUCAGAAGUCCUGACGUCAUCGGACAGGUACAAAUUGACUUGGCUGACAUUGACCUGAGUUCUGGUGUCACAGAUUGGUUUACUCUGAAAGAUGAAGAUGAAUAAUCGUACUGACGUCGUACUAUAAUGGUGAUAGUAUCAUCAUGUAACUGGGCACUGUGCUACUGCUGCAACUCACACCGAUGCCUUUCCUUCACACCUUCUGCACUAUCGCAGCCUUUCAUGCAUCCACCAAGUUCUAUGUGUAUCUACGUUACGUACAAUUGAGCUGCACUAUAUAUUUACAUCAAUACUCUCACCAAAGAAAAGUAAAAUGAGGUAGCUGUAGUUGUAAGCCAGUAAUGAUUGAAGGUUACUUUGCCAUAUGAAGUUAUAAUAGUUUCACAAUUAUAUGAAACAAGUGAAAGAUAUAUUGUCUAUGUUGCUUUCUUUUUCUGUGACUAAGAUUUAAGUACAGUGUCAUAUUUUGAUGUAUUGCUCAUAGAUUCUAUUGCCAUUUCAGUAUUUCAGAUCUAUCAAACUGAGUUUUUUAUAUUUCACUUACAUCUGUGUUUAACAGGCUUCUGACUUUU